AUGGUAGAUAAAGUACUUAAGUAUGCACGCUUUGGAGAAGCAGAGAAGCUUCGAAUGGUUCUACAGUCAGUGGAAGGAACAAAGCGUGAUGCGCUGUUGAAUUAUAUACAACCGGAAACGCUCAACACGCCGCUACAUAUGGCCUGCGGCAAUGGCCACGUCGAGUGUGUUUGUGAAUUGCUGAAGUAUGAAGCGAGACAUUUACCUAAUGCCAAUGGGAAUCUACCACUACAUUGGGCCAUACAAAAUAAACAUCGAGAGAUUGUGAAGCUAUUGGUGGACAGUAUAAAAGACUUGGACGUGCUAGCACGCAAUAGUUUUGGACGUGGUUGUGUCACUGAAGCUUUUCAGUGUGAAGACACGGAGAUUUUGGCAAUGUUACUGGAACAUAGUUCAGCAACGGAGGAGCGAUUGGCUGAAGGCACUGGUAUGGGUCAGGAUGCUAUUAAGGAGGAGAUUGAGAAGGAAGGAGACGAAGUAGACUGCAGCUCGCCAAACAUCUUGCAGGAGAAGGUUCUGGAAUUUGACUUUGUACCGGGACUGCCGACGCUGCGUGCAAGGGAGCUGGCACUCGAGUGGAGCAAGGACGCUUUUGGGUCGACUGCUGAGGAAGAUAUAACAGGCGUGUCGAUCUGGUCGGCGGCGCUUAUCUUGAGUCGUUGGAUCAUUGACCACCGCGAUGUAUUUGACGGUAAACAGGUCUGUGAAUUGGGCUCGGGUUGUGGCGUGAGUGGUCUUGCAGUGCACAAGUAUACGGACGCUUCACGGGUUGUGCUGUCCGAUCUGUUUGCGCACACCAUUCAGAAUCUGGAGUACAACGUUGAGCUGAACAAGACGUACAAGAAUGCUGGAGCUGAUGAAAAGGAGGAAGAGCAGCAAGCCCCAGUCCUUGACUGCUGUGGGCGAUGUGGUGCAGUCCAGCGUUUUACCCCCGACAACCCGGAAGGCAAGCUUAUGACUUGUGGUGGCUGCAGGUCUGUUGCUUACUGCUCUCGUGAGUGCCAAAAGAAGGCGUGGAAGAAGCACAAAUCCGAUUGCAAGGCUAUCCGCGCGCAGCGCGAGCAGACAGAAACUCAAAGGAAGAACGACGCUAGUGAGGAGAGAGUGUUGCAGGUGGAAGCUAUUGAUUGGGCUCAGCAUGAAACUUGGCCGAUUGGCUGUGAUGGCGACAAAUUCGAUGUGCUCUUCGGCUCUGAUCUUGUAUACCAUCAGGAAAUUGUGCCGGUGCUGGUGAGUGUAGUGGACGGUAUGCUCGGUGCCGACGGUCGAUUUUUGCAUGUCGCUUCUCAGGCACGGCACUCACUGGCAGAGUUUAAGGAGGCGAUGGAGGCGCGUGGUUUCAGCUGCGACGUGGAAGAAGUUCCAGACAAUUACAAGACGAACCCGCUGGUAGGCGACGACGCCGUAGCCGAACUCUUUGCUCUGCACUUCAACGAGAUGAGCGACGUGUACUGCAUCUACAUUUUCACACGCACUGUCCAACCUUAG